AUGGGCAAGUACUCAAAUGCUGAAGCUUUAUUCCUUAAUGAAGGAAUUUUUGAUCAUUCCCUGGGGGUGUUAACUUUUCAUCCUGAAACAUCUAAUGGUAAAAAACCAUUUAAAUAUUUCAGAAUGUGGAGUUAUUAUCCGACCUAUGAAGAGAAAGUUAAAGAAGUAUGGACACAACAAGUCUAUGGAACAAGGAUGUAUCAAGUAGUCACAAAGCUUAAAGCUAUGAAGGGAGUGCUAAAGGAGAUUAACAAGCAAGGUUUUUCUGAGCUUCAUGUUGCUAGAGCAAAGGCCAAAGAAGUGCUGGCUGUGUGUCAAAACAAGUUGCAAAUGGAACCCCAAAACCUGCUGCUACAUCAGGAGGAAUUAGAGGCUCGACAUCAAUUUUUAAAGGUGCAUAGUGACCUUUUAUCCAUGCUACAACAGAAAGCCAAGGUCUCUUGGGAUGGAACCCGAACUGAUCAGCCCGAACAGGUAACUGAUGCUUUUCUUUCCUAUUAUAAGAUGUUAUUGGGAAGCUCCAUGGAGAACAGGAAAAAAGUCAUCCGUAGUGUUGUUAAUGUGGGACCAAAAGUCACAAAUCAGCAAGCUGAAAUGCUGAUGGAGAAGUACUCGAAGGAGGAGUGCAAAGCUGCCUUAUUUGCAAUCCCGGGAAUCAAAGCGCCAGGUCCAGAUGGAUACUCGAGUUACUUUUUCCAAGAUAACUGGGAGUUGAUUGGGAAUGAAUUAUAUGAAGUUGUGGAAUCUUUUUUGUCAUCAGGAAAAUUUUUGAAAGAGAUAAACUCCACAGUUCUUACCCUUAUACCAAAAGUGAAGUGCCCGAACACAGUGAAAGACUUCAGAGGAUUACGCCAGGGGGAUCCCAUGUCUCCUCUCCUCUUUGUGCUGGGAAUGGAAUAUCUGUCUAGAAUUAUGCAAAGAAUUGGUUCUAAAGAAGAGUUUCGGUUUCAUGAAAGAUGUGAGGGGAUCAAACUAAAUCACUUAAGCUUCGCAGAUGACGUGCUCUUGUUCAGUAAGGGUGACUUCAAAAGUGUGUAUCUCAUGCUACAAGGAUUGAAGCUAUUCUCAUUAUCCUCAAGUUUGCAUCCUAAUCCUACCAAACCCGCUGUCUACUUUAGUGGAAUGCAUGACAAGGAAAUACAAUGA